CCUUUGCCACUAGAACAGCUUUUUGAUAUGAAGCUGCUAAUACUCCUAUCUGUCAUAGCCUAUGGCUAUGCAGACAAGUUAGACAGGGCUUACCUUCCACCAUUAAAUGCUGCAACAGCAGGUGGCAGCCCUGGUUCAUUACUUGCGCCAGGGUUGUCUGGACGACCAGGUUCCAGUUCAGGACAAGUAGGACCAGCUUUUGGACAAGGACUUCCAUCAGGACGCCAGUCAGGAUCAGGAUCAACAUAUGGACCAUCAGGCCCAACAUAUGGUGGAGUUUCUGGAAAUAUUCAAAAUGGACCUGGGUUUGGGACUGGAGUUAACAAAGGUCCUGCAGGAUUUAAUCAAGAAGGUACAAGCGGAAUUAACCAAUUCCAAACUGGAGCUGGUGGAAAUGUUUUCGCGCCUGGUGCUAACGGCAAAGUUCCUUUACUUGGAGCAAAUGCUCCUUUUGGUUCUUUACAAGGAAAUUUUGGAUCAAAUCCUGUAGCUGGCGCAUAUAAUGUCGGUUCUCAGCAAGCUUACGGGCCUCAAUCAGGAGCUCCUUUAAACCAAGGAUUUGGAAAAGGGACCCAAGGUUUCAAUGUGCCUCAGGAUCAGGCUUACAGACCAGAGCGUCCUCAAGCUGCAGCUGACAGAAAUGCUGAAAUCUUGAAGUAUGUAAACGAAAAUAAUGGCGAAUCAUACCUAUAUAGCUACGAAACAUCCAACGGUAUUUCUGCGGAAGAAUCUGGUGUUGCAACGAAUGGGGUGAAAGCUCAAGGUGGCUUUUCUUAUACUGGUGAUGAUGGACAGGCUUACUCAUUGACUUAUACUGCUGACGAAAAUGGAUUCCAACCUCAAGGGGAACAUUUGCCGACUCCUCAUCCCAUUCCUGAGGAAAUAUUGAAAUCGAUUGAAGAUAAUGCUAGAGCGGCUGCAGCUGGUACUCAAGAAGGUGCGUACCGUCCAGAAGAAUACGAGUCAGAAGGUCCCCAGCAGUAUAAUGUAGGACAAACUUCUUUUAACCGACCUCAAGGACAGGGUCAAGGCUUCACCCAAGGAUCAUUCUCAAAAGGACCAGCCACUCAGGCACAAAGCAAUCAAUUCCCUACGAACCAAGGAGCUUUUGGACCAAGCGGUCAAUCAGGUCAGGCAGGUCAAACAAGUCAGGGAUCUAAUCAAUUUGGCUUCGGACCCAGUGGACUUCAAGGACAAAUCAGCCAGUAUCAACAAACUUCUGGAAGUAACCAAGGCCCAGUCAGCCAGUUCGGCCAAUCGGGUCAGAUUGGACAAGUGAAACCUAGCCCAGGAUCAAGUCCAUUUGCUACAGGACAGGCUAAACCUCAAGGACAAAGACAAAACGGACAAUACCAAACUGGUAUUGGAAGUAGCCAAGGCCCAUUCCGUCAGUCUUCAGGCCAGGGUUCCAUUGGCCAGGGACUAGGUCAAACUUCUCAAGGCCUGGGUUCUACUGGAUACAACUACAAUCAACCUCAAAAUGCUUUUGGAUCAGCUACACAAUUUGGAUCUAGUGGAUCAGGUCAGAACCUUCCUCAAGCAAAUCAAGGUCAGACAACUUCAACAUUCGAAUCUCAGAAUGGUCAAGGAUCUUUUGGUCUUCAGUCUGGUAAACUUCCUUCAUCUGAAACUCCUUUUGGACCGUCCCAGAUUGGCUUAGGUCAGUCACAGAAUUUUAACAAACCUGGUAGCCAAGCUACAGGAUCCGCAGGUACCUUUGGCCCAGGACAAAAUCAAUUAAAUGCUAAUAAACCAUUUGGUUCAUCACAAGGAUCUCAAGUCAGACCUGGAAGCCAGGGCUCCUCAAGUCCAACUGCUUCAGGAUCUUCAGGCUAUCAAUAUGAGGCAAAUGCAAACCGCCCUUCGUUUGGUAAUAGACCUAGUGGAAUAAGUUCUCAACCUAGUAAAGGAUCUCAAUACCAACCUAGCGCUAACCAGCCCUCUACUGGUGCAUAUAAUGGAAUUGAAGGCUCUACUCAAUUUGGUAGUACUGGACCUAAUGGUCAGAUAGGUCAAGGUCAACAAAAUGGAAACCGACCAUUCGGUGGAACUGGCACCAACCAAGGUAGUUCACCGUUUGGGGGAUCCUCUGGGACACAGAAACCUGGAACUGGAAGUGUCUUUGGUCAAGUGAAUCAGCCUUUGUUUGGAUCGAACGUAGGACCUAGUCAAGGAGCCUCACAAUUUGGACUGGGCAGUCAACAAUCUACUUCCGCCCAAGGUCCAUCAGGUCCUAAAAAUUCACUUCUUGUCCAAGCGCCUUACCAGUAUGACAGACCGAGCCAGUCGUUCCCGCCUCAGCAAAGGCCAGGCUCUCCAGGAUUCCCAGGUGUCAAUGGAGCUUCUGUAGGAUCUCAAGGCAUAGAUGGACAGCGUCCAGGUGUGAAUGUUCGACCAGGUGGAAGUUCUCCGGGAUCUCAAGGCGCAAUUGGAAAUAGACCAGGAUAUACUGGAGCUCAAGGUGCAAAUGGACGUCCAGCUUUUACAGGAACUCAAGGAGUUAAUGGACAGGGUCCAGAUGGUAGUGCGCCAGGAUCUCAAGGUGUGAAUGGCCAGCGUCCAAGUUCACCUGGGUUACCAGAGCCCAGCCAAGGCAACCAAGGUAGACAAGAACAGUUUGGAGGCCCCAGACAACCACCAAGCUUCAGUGCACAAGAAGGUUACAAAUACUAG